UGCAACUAAGAGCUGGCUAAUGACUGUAAACAGUCUGCGAUGCGUCAGGAAAGUUUUAAGCGCUGUUCUCCAUUGCUCCAUUGCCGUACGUAAAUAAAUGCGAUGCCUCCUUCGUCCAACAAAGACUGAAUGACCACGAAAACAAAGGAAAGGCUGGUAGGGCCUCAAAAUAGGAAAUUCUGUAUUGCUUGGUCUAAACAACUUGCAAGACUGAUUUUUGAGUAUUUUUUUUGCUGCCGUGAGCCAUGGAUCCCAAAAACAAGCACGGCCUGGCGCUUCUGGAGCAGCUGUGGACGAUGCGCGAGAUGGGCGAGCUGACCGAUGUGGUCCUGGUGGUCGAAGAUGUCUAUUUCCCUUGCCAUCGUGUGGUCCUGUGUGCCUUCAGCCCCUACUUCCGGGUCAUGUUCACCUGCGGCUUGAGCGAGUGCAGCCAGCGUGAGGUGGUGCUGAGGGACACACCCGCCGAGAGCCUGGGCCUCCUGCUCGACUACAUGUACCUGGCAGAGCUGCCCCUCACCAACACCAACGUGCAGGGCGUCUCCACCGCCGCCUUCCUGCUGCAGAUGGACGAUGUGUUCAAGCAGUGCCAGCAGCAUAUGAUCGACCACAUGGACGCCUCCAACUGCCUGGGUGUGUAUUACUAUGCGCGGGAGCUGGGCGCUGAGGAGCUGGCUGAUCUGGCGCAGCGUUAUCUGCGGCAACACUUUGCCGAGGUCUGCCUGCAAGAGGAGGUGAUGGAGCUGGAGGCGCACCAGCUGCUGCCACUGGUCGGCUCAGAUGACCUCAACAUCACACGCGAGGAGAGCAUCCUGGACAUGGUGCUGCGCUGGGUGGACCACCGGCGGGCAGAGAGGGCCACGCACCUCGCUGAGCUUCUGCGCCGCGUGCGGCUCCCUCUAGUGGCACCCGACUUCCUGCGAGAGGCAAGGCGGAGGAGCACGGUGCUGCUGGGGGAUGCUGAGUGCCUGGAGAUGGUGGAGCAGGCCCUGGAGGCGGCCCGGCAGCAUCCUGCCGCGGCACCGCGGCGUCUGAAGCUGCGAUACGGCAUGGAGACCACUGACGUGCUGCUCUGUAUUGGAAAUGACGGCCAGGGCAUCAGGUCACGGCAGGGCAGCUACUGCGACUACAGCUUCUGCUACGCCGCCAGCACUGGGCGCACCCUCUUCAUCACCUCUCCCCGCUACGGCGAAGUGCUGGGCUGUGUGUGCGCCGGCGUGGUGACUGAGGACAACCAGAUUGUGGUGGCUGGGGAGGCAGGGGCCCGCAGAAUGGCCCGGCAGAAGAACAGAACCGUGGAUAUCUGCAGGUACAAGGCAUCGGCACAGGGCACCUGGGAGAAGCUCUGCUCAGUGGAGUAUCGGGAUAUGUACGCUCUUGGCACUUUGGGUGACACUCUCUACCUGUUGGGGGGCCAGAUGAAGCUGAAGAACCACUACCUCAUAACCAAUAGCGUGGAGCGCUGGUCCCUGAAAGGCGGGCCCUGGAGAAACUCCGCCCCACUGCCAAUGCCAUUGGCGUGUCACUGUGUUGUCAGCUUGAAAGGCUGUCUUUAUGUACUGGGAGGCAGGACACCACAGUGUGACAGGCCGGAUGACGAGCCCGACCGCUUGAGCAAUCGUAUGUUCCAGUAUGACCCCGAGGCAAACAAGUGGGAGGAGCGUGGGUCCAUGAAGUUCUCCAAGUACCGCUGCAGCGCGGUGGUGCUGAACGGGGAGAUUUACGUACUGGGGGGCAUUGGCUGUGAAGGAGCUGACCGUGGACAAUCACGCCGCUGCCUUGAUGUCGUGGAGAUUUACAACCCAGAUGGGGGCUUCUGGAGGGAGGGACCCCGGCUGCCCUAUCCGCUCCUCUCCCUGCGCAGUGGGGCAUCCAAUGCAGGGGCUGCAGGAGGCAAACUCUACGUGUGUGGCUUUUACAGGGGGGCUGAUCGGCAUGACGCCAUCAUCAAGGACAUCAUAGAACUCGAUCCAUGGGAGAAAGUGUGGACUAUGGUGGCACGGCGUGUCCUGAUGCACGACAACUAUGACGUGUGCCUGGUGGCCAACCUCAACCCUCGCAAUCUUGUGGCCCCACCCUCGGAUGCUUCAGAUGAGUGAUGCACCUAAGAGUCAAUCUGAACUAGCAUAAAGGCGCCCUUGUUAUACCAAAGCUGGCACCGUGUGCAACAUCCAUCUGGACAAUCGACAUUGCUUUGGCUCUGUGCACCCAUUAGCUUAACGUAUCCAUCCAUCCAUCAUUCAUCAGAGCAUGGAAGCAGCAAGAGUACAUGGCAUGCAAUGAGUACUUGUACCGGAUUUAGAGGUUUGUUACGUUACUAACACUCAUUGCUCAGUGCUGCAUAAUGUAGUUAAUGGUAGUUUAGUGUUAAAAGUCAUGAUUUUUUAUGGAGGUCCAUUCACUGGAUUCCUCAUUGUGAAAGCAGCAUAAGGAUUUCUGGUUGCAGUGAAUCCCACACUGCACCCUCAAGAUUUCUUUGCAAAGACUUUUUUAGGUAGAACUGGCUAUACAUGUACAUGGACUGGGCUGCCCAAUUUUGGCAAUUUAAAAUGUACUGUUGACUGAGGGGACAAUUAAAUUAUUAUGCUGUUUUGUGUAAAACAUGCUUGGAAAAAAAAUCUUUGCUCACAAAUUUUAGUUCUAGUGAUUAAUCUCAAUGAUGAAAGUGCCCUUAUAAUGUAGGCACAUCUUGUUGAUGUCUAGUUUGUCCUUGGCCCAGAGGUCUCAGAAAUGAAGAAAGUAAUAUUUCACAAAUGAGAGAAUGUCUUCUUGACAGAACUUCAAAUUCAGUGCUGAUAAAAGUUUACUGAGUUUAAUGAGUAAGGUUGAUAUAAUACUGUUUUUAUCCUGCCAUUGCGGCUUUAAAAUCAAAUAUUUUCAAUUUUUUAAACUCGCAAAAGAAUCAUUUUUACCAAUCUUUGAUUUAGCUGAAAAAUAACCUUUCAUGUCACAAAAAUCUUCACUUGAAUAAUACAGAUUUAGCAAAACUUCAUUGGACAUAAACUCUGCCCAUUAGCUUUUUCAUUUAAGUGCAGGUUAUGAAAAGAGAAAUGUUCCCCUAAGAGGAUAUGGCUGAUACUAUACAGUUGAGUAAUUGCAUGGUGUACAUUCUUAAGUUUUUUUAAGGAACAUUUAUAGUCAAGACUCCUAUCUAAUUUUUCAUAUCUACGUCUUGAAAACCUUCUGCAUCCAUUCUAGUUUGGCCACCGCAACAUAGGAGCCACUGAUAAUCAAUGGUCAUAAUGGUGGAUUAACCUAAAAUGAAGUAUUAACAAAAAAGAAGUUAGUUCUCGUUUCAUAGUUAUACGUGUUCAUGUAUUUAUACACGCACACACAAACGCUGUUCUCUACUAACACUCACUAUUAAGGAUUGCUUUUAUAAAGUUAUCUGUGAUUUCACAAACAUGAUUUUGGAAGCCUAUAACAAAACUUUGCUUUUCUUUGCUAGUUUGUUUUGACGUUUAAAGAAAUCCAGUGCACCUGUUAGGCAAGAUGUGCAUCUUGUAAAUGUUGAUUUAUACUUCGGUGUUGAGCCUAAACAGAGCUUAUGCCAUGUUCUCAGUCUCCACACCAGCACCAGUGUGACUAUGAGGUAGGCUAUGGCGUUGGGUCUACGCCAUACCUACAUCCUAUUGACAGUGUAGAGGGAAGCAGCCUGUUCUAACAGCACAUUGCUGCACCCACCACACAACAAACCACCUCAGGGAUGAGAACCAAAGUGAAAGUAACUUUUUUUUUCUGGUGAUUGAAUUGCCAAUCCUGCCACCAACACAAAAUUUUCCUGUAAGUUUGGGGACUGCUUUGCAUGGCUGGAUGUAGAUUAACAUCAUACCCAGUACAAAGCAACUGCAAGUUAAGGGCCUUGCUCAAGGGCUCAACAGAGUAGGAUCACCUGACAUUCUCAGGAUUGGAACCAGUGACCAUCCAGUUGCUGGCACAGAUCCCUAGCCUCAGAGCCACCACAAAAGUAUAAAUCAGCCUUAUGUCCUCACUGAUUGUAAUGUUUUAAUAAAACCUUACUGUUCAGUGGUAAA